UUAAGCAUAUAUAUAUCUCUCUUUAUCUAUCUAUCUCUUUCGUGAAAGAAGAAAGAAGAAAAUAGAAAUGGCGUCAAACAUUGGAAUGAUGGAUUCUGCUUAUUUUGUGGGUAGAACAGAGAUCCUGGCCUGGGUGAAUUCGACACUUCAUCUCAGUGUAUCCAAAGUGGAGGAGGCAUCUUCUGGUGCCAUUUAUUGUCAGUUAUUGGACUCUGCUCAUCCAGGAAUGGUUCCGAUGCACAAGGUCAAUUUCGACGCCAAAAAUGAAUAUGAUAUGAUCCAGAAUUACAAAGUUCUCCAAGACGUCUUCAACAAACUCAAACUAACAAAGCAUGUCGAUGUCAACAAACUAGUCAAAGGACGUCCCUUGGAUAACCUAGAGUUCAUGCAAUGGAUGAAGCGUUAUUGCGAUUCCGUAACUGAUGAUGGUGUUCUGCAAAAUUACAAUGCUCAAGAGAGACGAGAAGCUUGCAAAGGUGGAAAAGAUGUGAGCAAAAAAUCAUCAGCACCUCAACAUCAGUCGUCGACCAAAUCUUCAACAGCUACUCCCAGGACUCGUAAGAAUGAUUCAAACCAACAACAACAACCCAUCAUCAACAACAAGCCUUCAAAAACAAAUUCAAAUUCAAGUGCAGGACCUGCACAUGAUGGACAGAUUACUGAGUUGAAACUUUCAGUUGAUAGCCUGGAGAAAGAAAGAGACUUUUACUUUGCAAAGCUGAGGGACAUUGAGAUCGUAUGCCAGUCCCCAGAGAUUGAGAACUCACCUGUUGUUGAAGCAAUAAAGAGCAUACUAUAUGCUACAAAUGUCAGUGAAUCAGUUGUUGAAGAAGCUCAAGCCAUGAUAGCGAAACACCACAAAGCAACAGCAGCGGUUGAUGGGUUGAGUCCGAUUCAAGAGGAACCAGGAUCUUUGCCAAAGUUAGAUACCCAGAAGAGGAAAAGCAUUGUUAACAUCGAAGUUGAUGAGACUGCCAACACCACAAUGUCGCCAAGACAGAGGAUUUCUGAUGAUUCUUCAGAUGUUCACUGCAGUGGAUCACCUCUUGUGGCAUGAGGAAACUAAACGCAUCAUAAUACUUCAAAAACAAAGUUCAAUUUUUAUUAUACUACUACUACUACUACUAGUAGGUAGUGAUGAAGAUAAAUUGGGAUCACUUACUCUAGUGAUAAUGUUUUAGAAGCCUGUGUGACAUUCUAGAAAA